UCUGGCAGAGGUUGCAAAUUUGUUAAAACUUCUGUCUUGUUCCAGAAAAAUUAUAUAAAACUAUUUUCACAAUUUGUUAAUUGCUGUUGAAGAUGUCUUACGCCCGAUGCUUGUUGACCGGCAGGUGGGUCCUUUCACCCAGUAUCCAGAUGUUCAGACCUGCUUUACAUUCAAGAGCUGUUACACUCAAAGCGACACCUGCAACCCCACCUCCAAAGCUUACACAUGAAGAGAAAAAUGAAGGGGUCCGACCAAUGUCACCACAUCUUCUCAUUUACAAACCACAGUUGACAUCAAUGAUGUCAAUUUCACAUAGAAUCACUGGACUUAUGAUGGCAGGCUAUGCUACUGUCCUAGCUGCUGGUUCUUUUGUUUCAUAUGAUGUUUGUUCGUUGGCCGAUACGAUCAAAAACCUCUCAUUGCCAGGUUUUGUAACAUUUACGGUGAAAUAUACACUCGCCUUUCCAGCAGUUUACCAUUUUUUUAAUGGAAUCAGACAUCUUUUCUGGGACAUGGGUAAAGGGCUGACAAUAAAAGAGGUUUAUUUAAGCGGUUAUGUUGUUUUGGCCUUAACAGUGGCGUUUUCUGUUCUUCUUUCUAAAUGAAGCAUCGGAAGAAGAUAUCUAAAAUAAUGUAGUUCAGUUGAAAAUAAUGUACAUAUUACAAUAUAUUUAAUUGUAUUAUUAUUUAAAAUAUUGUUUGUGAUGUUAAUACAUACCUUCUCAAAUAGAAACAUUUAAUGUCAGUUUCAAUAAUUUUUAAUGACACAUAAUGAGAGAAUAAUUGUCUUACUUCUCAAAAAUAUUAAAAUUUCCCAAGAGAAAAGUUCCGUGAAACAUUGUGAGGCGAAGAAUAUUGUCUCCAAUCAACCUGGCCUGCCUUUUCUCGUUGGUUUUUUUGUCGAAAUUUAGAUGUUUUCCUAUCGUUGAUGGUUAUUCUUUUUUUUCACCAUAGACACUCUUUUAAUAGGAUCUAAUGGUUGCAAAAUACAUGACUAACAAGAAUAAGCAGGCCAGUAUGAUUAAGAGAAAAUCGAGCUACAAAAUAAAUUUUGUUAAUAAUAUAA